AUCGUUGGAAGAAGUCGAUGAUAGAUGGUUAACAGUUUCGUCAAGCAUAGACAUGCAAGUGAUAUUUGAUUCUGCUGAAAAUGAUGAUUCCGAUGGUGAUGUAUUCUUGGAUUCUGCAAUACAAAUUGC